AUGGAGAUACCACUAUUGCGUUACCAAAGUUUGACACUGGAUCAAAUCCAAAAUCAUAAUAAUCGUAGCUUCCCUUUUUUGUUUUCAAAGUCCAAGUGUUUAAACCAAAAAAAAUUGUUUUCUGGAUAUGGUUUUUCUUUUAAUAAAACAAAAUGGAAGAACCCAUUUUGGAAAAUCAAGUGUUGUUCGUUAGAUCAAGGGUUACGACCACGUCCAAAGCCCAAACCGGCGAAAGUUAACAUUGAUGUAAGUGAAAGGAGUAAUUUUGUUAGAAGACCAAGUGUAGGAAUUUGUAGUCAGAUUGAGAAGUCAGUUUUGUUUGCUAGGUAUAGAGAAGCUCUUGAUUUGUUUGAGAUUUUUGAGAUUGAAGGUGGGUUUGAUGUGGGGAUUAGUACUUAUGAUGCAUUAGUGAAUGCUUGCAUAGGAUUAAGAUCAGUUCGAGGAGUUAAGAGGGUGUUUAAUUAUAUGGUUAGUAAUGGAUUUGAACUGGAUCAGUAUAUGAGGAAUAGAGUGCUGCUUAUGCAUGUUAAGUGUGGGAUGAUGGUCGAUGCGCGGAGAUUGUUUGAUGAGAUGCCAGAGAGGAAUUUGGUUUCUUGGAAUACAAUUAUUUCGGGGCUUGUGGAUGUAGGAGAUUUUGUGGAGGCGUUUAGAUUGUUUUUAACUAUGUGGGCGGAGUUUUCAGAUGCUGGGUCUUUCACAUUUGCAGUGAUGAUUCGAGCAUCUGCUGGGUUGGAAUUGAUUUCCAUAGGGAGGCAAUUACAUGCCUGCACUUUGAAGAUGGGCAUAGGGGAUGAUAUAUUUGUGUCUUGUGCGCUGAUUGAUAUGUAUAGUAAGUGUGGAAGCAUUGAAGAUGCUCAUUUUACCUUUGACAAGAUGCCGGAGAAAACUACGGUUGGAUGGAAUAAUAUCAUUGCGGGUUAUGCUCUUCAUGGCUACAGUGAGGAAGCAUUGGAGAUGUAUUAUGAGAUGCGAGAUUCUGGUGUUAAAAUGGACCACUUCACAUUUUCCAUGAUUGUUAGAAUAUGUGCUAGGUUAGCUUCAGUGGAGCAUGCAAAGCAAGCUCAUGCUGCUUUAAUUCGCCAUGGUUUUGGAUCAGACAUUGUAGCAAACACAGCACUUGUGGACUUCUAUAGCAAAUGGGGAAGAAUAGAACAUGCUCGGCACGUUUUUGACAAGAUGACUUGCAAGAAUGUAAUUUCUUGGAAUGCUUUGAUUGCUGGAUAUGGAAAUCAUGGUCUGGGACGUGAGGCUGUGGAGUUGUUUGAGCAGAUGCUUCAAGAAAGAAUUAAUCCCAACCAUGUCACUUUUCUUGCUGUUUUAUCUGCUUGUAGCCAUUCAGGUCUAUCGGAACUUGGGUGGGAAAUUUUUCAUUCUAUGGGUAGAGAUAACAGGAUCAAGCCCCGAGCUAUGCAUUAUGCAUGUAUGAUUGAAUUAUUGGGUAGAGAAGGGCUGUUAGAUGAAGCUUUGGCUUUAAUAAGGGGUGCUCCCUUUAAGCCUACGGCAAAUAUGUGGGCUGCUCUGUUAACUGCUUGUCGAGUCCACGAGAAUUUGGAGCUAGGAAAAUUUGCAGCCGAGAAACUUUAUGGCAUGGAACCAGAUAAGCUUAAUAACUAUGUUGUGCUUUUGAAUAUAUACAACAGCGCUGGCAACAUAAAGGAAGCUGCUGGUGUUGUCCAUACCUUAAAGAGAAAAGGUUUGAGAAUGCGUCCUGUGUGCAGUUGGGUUGAAGUUAAGAGACAGUCACAUGUUUUCCUUUCUGGAGAUAAACGCCAUCCCCAGAGAAAGGAGAUUUAUGAAAAAGUGGAUAAGUUGAUGCUAGAAAUUUCCAAUUAUGGUUAUGUUCCUGACAAUAAAACUUUGCUUCCUGAUGUGGAUGAACAAGAAGCGCGUAUACGUUUGUACCAUAGUGAAAAAUUGGCCAUUGCUUUUGGUCUCAUGAGCACUCCAUAUUGGGUACCUUUGCAAAUUGUACAGGGCCACCGGAUUUGCAGCGACUGUCAUAAAGCAAUUAAGUUAAUAGCUAUGGUAACUGGAAGGGAGAUUGUCAUAAGAGAUGCCAGCAGGUUCCAUCAUUUCAAAGAUGGGCAUUGUUCUUGUGAGGACUAUUGGUGA